GAUGAUUUAAACGGCUAACCUACCUGCUCCGUAUGAGAGCAACAAUUAACAAAAUUAAGAGACGUCUAGACUCUAGACAGCUGCGGCGGGCGUGUGGUUUUGACUUUUGGAUCAUUCAAUGGCGUCAAUUUUGAGCAUGGUGGCUGCGCCUGGAUUCUGUUACAGCAAAUCACCGAUGGUGGGAGCAGCUACUGUAACGGCGAGGCCUAGGCGCCUGGUGGUUGUGAGGGCGGAGGGUCAGGGUAUAAAUCCAGAUAUCAGGAAGGCAGAAGAGAAGGUGGUGGAUUCCGUUGUCGUCACAGAACUCUCUAAGCCUCUCACCGCUUAUUGCAGAUGUUGGAGGUCAGGAACAUUUCCUCUGUGUGAUGGAUCACAUGUAAAGCACAACAAAGCUACUGGGGAUAAUGUUGGGCCUUUGCUUUUGAAGAAGCAGUAACACUAUUUCUCUAUUUGCUUUCUCAGAGCUAUUGAGUUAUUCUUCUUGUUUGGCUUAUUUAAACUUAUUAUGAACUACUGAAUGGUUUGCCCAAUUGUACUUUGGCCUACAUUCAUUGAGUCUUUCCUUGUUUUCCAAUUGAUCAACCUAGAUUAUCUUGUACUACGCACAACACAAAGAAAACUCAUAAAUUUGUCUUCUAAA